UUUGCCAAAGUGUGCGGUCACUCCACCCUGAAAAUCGUGGGAGGCGUUGACGCCGCCGAGGGGAAGUGGCCCUGGCAGGUGAGCGUGAGGAUCAACCGCAAGCACGUCUGCGGAGGCUCCCUCAUCAACGCGCAGUGGGUCCUGACCGCCGCCCACUGUAUUUUAAGCCGUUUCCAUUACAGUGUCAAGAUGGGAGACCGGAGCAUCUAUGAAGAGAGCACCAGUGUGGUGGUCCCGGUCAGAAACAUCAUCGUCCACCCUCGGUUCACCACGUCUGUGACCGUGAAGAACGACCUUGCCCUCCUGCACCUCCACCACCCCGUGAACUUUUCCACCACCAUCCAGCCCAUCUGCAUUCCCCAGGCGGCUUUCCAGGUGGUGGCUGGGACCAGGUGCUGGGUAACUGGAUGGGGCAGAACAGCGGAAGCUGUAGAAAAGUUUUUGCCAGAAGUUCUCCAGGAGGUGGACCAGUACAUCGUCCUCUAUCAAAAAUGCAAUGAGAUGAUACAGAAGGCCCUGCCCUUUCCCAGGGAGGCCGUGCUGAGAGGGAUGAUCUGUGGCUAUAGAGAAAGAGGCAAGGAUUCUUGUCAGGGCGAUUCUGGAGGCCCCAUGACCUGUGAAUAUAAUAACACGUGGAUCCAGGUGGGGAUUGUGAGCUGGGGCAUCGGCUGUGGUCGUCACGAGGUGCCCGGAGUGUACACGGAAGUUGGUCACUACAGCAGCUGGAUGCUCGCCGUGGUGAACCAGGCCACCUCUCUGCUUCCAGUGGUGUUCCUCAUCCUACUCUCAUGUCUGCUGCUGCCCCCGGGCAUCCUGGGCACCCCGUGAUCACCCCGGCCCACACCCUUCCCAUUUCUGAGUCUCACACUUGGGCCUCUCCUCCAGCCACUUCCCCUUCCUCCUCAACUGUCCUGUCCUCAAAUCCCAGUUGGACCUGUUGCAGAGCCACACAGUAGAGCAUGGCGGGGAACUGGGGCCUGGAGUGUCCCGGCCCGGUGUGCUGCUCACCUCCCUCCUGGGCUGUGCUCUGCCUGGGUGGAGGAGGGGGAGCCGAGUCCCGCUGGAGGGCCGCUGACCUGAGGUGAGCAUGCUCAUCGCCAUCUUGGAGAACUCCUACGAAGAGGAGACGUCGUCUGUGGUGACGCAGGUGUCAGACCUGGUCCUGGUUUCGGGGCUCUCACCCAAGACCUUCCAACCAGUCAGCCUGGUGACUGCUCAGAGAGUGACGGUGGCACUGCCAGGCCCCUGCAGAGGUGCGAGGCCCAGGACUUACACCUCUGCCUAAUUGUCUGGGGCCGGGAGACGUACCCCUGUGCCCCUGUGUGGAUCCGUGUGUGAGCAGACAGCCUCUGCCACACUCGCCCUCCUGGGGCACCCCAGUCUUGGCCCCCCUUCCUCAGUGCCCUAAGGCCACAUCCAGGAACACCCCACGUUGUGUUGAGGCGGUUACGGAGUGCAGAGAUUUCCGACGUCAACUGAAUAAACGUGUGGAGAGUC